AUGGAGAAAGCAACCGCAGGGGAGGAAGAAUUUGCAGAAAUGAUUAGUUAUUACCUGGAGAAUGUAAGUUUCGGAUUGGAGAUUGGGCCCGAGGGUCACUAUGUCCCGGCAUUAAGUGGCCAUGAGUAUAAAGGAACUACUCCUCCGCGCACAAUGGACGAAGAGUAUGACCUCAUGGCUAAACAAGUCACGGAGACUCAGGGAUUCGACAUGGAUUUCAGUCAGUUCCGCUACGAUUUUAAUUACAGACCCGUUGAUUUCGAUGAUAACAGUUUGGUCAUAGACGGAGAAACCAUGAGAGAUUUAUUGAACAGGCUUUCUCGUCAAUCCCUUGAGCAAUACAAUCAGGACAAGGAAACAAAAUAUGAAUUAGUGGAGGUUUUCAAAGCCAACUAUCACAUGGCUGGUGCUGGCAUGAUGUUUUUCAUUACCUUUCAAGCUAAACAAGAUUUUUCUUCUUCUGGUGAUGUUCCAAAAACAACAUUUCAAGCUAAAUCUCACUAUUCCUAUUUUUCCCCUAAUAAGUACAUCACCUGCCAUCUUAAAGCACCACCGGAGAAUAAAGUUCAUCCCAUUGAUUCUACUGAGAAAGAAUUUGCCAAGAAACCAAGGUUGACACAGGACAAGGAUGCAAGCACUGAUGCACGAAUAGUUAUAUAA